GCAAAACUUAGCGCGAAUGUUAAAGUAUUAUCAAAAAUUUUCUAGUAUUAUUUAUAUAUCUGGUGUAAAGAAACUGAAGAUUAUCUUCACUUUUGGACAAGAGAGAUGUCGGAUAACUUCGAAGAUUUCUUUGCACGUUAUAGCAUAUUUUGUCUUGCAUCAAAAGUAUGUCCUCUAAAAAGCGUAAAGAAAUUCUUAAACGGAACAGAGCUAUCCUGCGCAGUCGAAGCUAUUCGGCCAGAGCACUGGGGAUUUUUGUUGACAGCAUUAUGUGUUGAUAACACCCUGACUAAAGUUCAUUUUUAUUCAUGUUUACCAUUGCAUACUGAAGACAAAGUGAAUUCAAAAAAGAAAAAGAGAAAAUCCAAUAGAGGCUUUCCCACACCAUAUGGAAGAACAUCCGAAAAUAUCUCUAACAUUUGCCAGUCACUUGCUGGACUACUGCAAUCUUCUAGCAAGUUGCAGGCCAUACAGUUGGAAAACCUUCCAAUACAGUUGCAAGAUGCUGUAAAUUUGUCACAGGGGUUAAAAUUGUCUGCAGUGAAAGAAGUCUCAUUUGUUGGGUGUCUCUUUGCUGCCAAAGCUGUGAAAACUAUUUGCUCUAGUUUGCACUCAACUCCUGUUGAAUGGAUUAAUUUCAAUUCUUGUCGUUUGAAUCCAGAAGAUUUGCUAGCUCUGAAUGAUUUGCUACUGGCUCAUAAAAAUAGGAGAUCUAGUGAAAUAUUUAAAGCUACUUUACGCUACCAAACUGCAGACUUUGAUUCAUUUGUUGGUUUGAAACGAAUAUCUCUGGGUGAUAAUGCAAUUACUGAUCAAGGAGUUUCAAAGUUGGUUGAGAGUCUUGAAGAUGAUCAUUGGAUUCAGGCUUUGGACUUGUACAAGUGUGGAAUCAGUAAUGAAGGAGGCAGGCUACUUUUAGAACUAUGUAAGAGGCAAUCUGUGAUUCAACUUAUAGAUCUCCGCUUCAGCAACAUUGAUGAAAUGUUGUUGCGCAGAAUCGGCCAGCAGUUGCAUCUUAAUAGUGCAGGAAAACAAAACAAGUACAAAAUGCUCCAAACUUGGGUGCCUCCCAGAAUGGUAUAUCCAAAAGUACUUGCUAAAAAGAAAGUUUUGAAGAAACCACCUCCUGUUAUGCAGAUUGUUAGAGUGAUGGAAAACCCUAAUGAUGUUGAUUACUCUACCAUGUCCAUUUUUCAAAAAGCUUCAAGUAUGUUAGAUGUUGGCUGCCAAACAGAUCCUUUUGAUGAUCCAUUAUGUGAUGAACUUAUAAUUGGUGAAGCAAAGAAAAUGCGCAAAUCUCUUUUAGGAGAACUAAAAGUACGACGGUACUUAACACAAGAAAUCGAGAAAUACAUGAAUGAAAAUAAGCAUCUUCGGAAUGAGUUAAGGAAGAUCUCAGAUCAUUGUGGUGCUGUUGUACUGGAUAAGGAUACCUAUCUCGAUAUCCGAAGAACUUUUGAGAGGUUCAAAAAGUUUUUAGACAUCAUGAAAGAUUAUGGGCUUUGGGACUUCAUCAGAUUACUUGGAAUAAAUGAAGAAGCUGAAAUUGUGUUAAUACAGGAUGAUCCAGAGGCUAAAAUGCAAGUCAAAGUAAUUGAGCAGAAGCUAGAUGCUGCAGAUAAUCCUGCUGGACCAUUUAGCUGUAUAAAACUCAGUAAAUUAGCCAAAAAAGCCCCUGAUCCUGAGCCAGAGAAAUUCUGCCCAUGUCAAAAGCACGACAAAAGACAAAUGCCUUUCGAUCCUCAUACCCAGUGCCAAACUACUGCUGGAUAUGCUGUGCCAACACCUUGCACACGACCAGCACAGACGGAAGUCAAGAAAGUUAAAACUAAUGUCAGCUCUACAGAAAAAGGUUCUGUACUUAAAAUGUUUAAAGAACUGCGCGAAAGAAGCUAUUGUAAAGAAAGUGUUCCUAAUCAGGAGCAGAAGCCAGAAACUAGGAGGAAACAUGAUUCUGGGUCUGAUUUCAAACACUGCAAAGAUUGCCCGAAAUGUCACAUAUGUAUUAAACAGCUGUCACCAUCAUCCAUCCCUGAGAAGUUGAGAGAUUUCAAAUGUCCUGCUGACUUCAUUAAAGUUGUAAAAUCUGAAUUGGAAAAAUGUCCUCACAGACCAGUACAAACCAGCAAUCCAUGUAAAAUGCCAGAUUCCUGUCAGAAGCCGCCAAACACAUUUUCUCAAGGGCCUCUGCUAGCUUCCGAUGAACACAGAAGGAAAGCUGAUAACUAUAUUCGGAAGAAGGUCGCUCAGCAGCGUCUGUCUGGGGAAAAAUUGGAAAGGUUGUUGACUGAGAAGGCAGCAUUGGCAAUGGCUGCCCGAAGCAAGAGCGUGGACUUAGGCCAAUCAAAUGUUACUCCAAUCCUGAUCAGAAAGGAGUUGUCCGAAGAGUCUAUUUCUGGUGCAAACAAUUUUUGUUCAGUUCCUUUGUGCAAUUCUUCAGUUGCAUCAAAUCAGUCGUUGAAACGUCCAUCUGAGUCAUCCCAGAGUGGUAGAAAUGCUGCCGAUCUUGAGUUUCCACAAGAAACAUCUCAUAGAAUAUUUUUGAAUCCUCAAAUGUUUACGGAGGAAGAUAUUGCAGAAAUCAAAGAUCUAACUAUGAGAGGUGUGCCUCUGUUGUCAAACAGUGAGAGUUCUUUGUCUGAUAGGUCAUCAUCAUCUCAAGAACAACUUGCCAGCAGUGGAAGGAGUCUUUCUAAUUCAUCAUCUGAGAAAUCUAACUGUCAAAAUCAAAAAUCAAAAUCCAAAAGCAAGUCAAAGUAUGGCUCAUCUGCACCAUCUCUCCACAAUGAAGAACAAGUCUCUAAAAGUUAUUUAGAAACUGUCAGUGAUGACUCAACAAGUAAGGAUGCAAAAUCUUUCUCUGAGAUUGAAGUCUCUUCAAAGACCUUGUCCAGGAAAAAGUCGGAAACCGAGCAAGGGAAUAGUGCAAGUCAUAGCAAACAUUCUGUUCCUCCCAAAAAUGAAAAUCACUCUUCCUCUUCUGGGAAACGCAAUUCAAAAGCUUCAAAAAACAAUUUAAGCAAGCAUUCCAAUAAAUCAUCUAAAAGUGAGCAACCAAGAAAUGCUCCCAAAGGGGCAACAGCCAAUGCUAAAGUUGCUAGUCAGAAGCUUGAACAGAAAAAGCAGGAAGAUUCUUCUGUUCCAUCAUUGAGCGAUAUUACAUCGGUUUCAUCUCGUGCCAUUAAUACAGACUCUAUCAUGCAUCAGAUCUCUGAAUAACAAAAUGUGAAAAAAUGUUUAUGUAUUCAUGCUAUUUUUUGAUUAUUUCUCUACUUGUCAUGUACCAAUUAAGUAAAAAGUUCAUUGUAAAAUA